AACAAGGAUGAGGGGAGAAACCGGCGGCCAAGCGAAAAGAAAAUUCUCUGCUUCAUCUUCGCUCUCAAUCUUUUGACGCCAUCUUCUCUCUCUCUCUCUCGCUCUGCCUUCUGCUUCUGAGGAGUCGGAGGAGGAAGCACGAAAUCAACAAAGAACCAGCGAUGGGAGGAGGCAAUGGCCAGAAGUCGAGGAUGGCACGCGAGAAGCAUAUGGAGAAGAUGAAAGCCGCUAAAGGGAGCCAGCUAGAAAGGAACAAAAAAGCCAUGACUAUCCAGUGCAAGGUGUGCAUGCAGACAUUUAUGUGCACAACAUCGGAAGUGAAAUGCAGUGAACAUGCAGAAGCUAAACAUCCCAAGAAUGAUCUUUAUCAGUGUUUUCCGCAUCUCAAAAGUUAAGUAGAAUGGCUAUCAUACUCCACAAGUUGAAGACUGAAGACAUCAGAAGAUGACUCCCAUUACUUUGAAAUGGGUUUGUUGAAAGCUUGAAACAUUAUUCUAAAAUCCAUGUGUUGUCUCCUUUGGAGCCCAUGUGACUAGUAUUUAUGUGAACUGUGAAGUCGAUGGUUUGUGCUUUCUGUUAUCUGUUCGUUUGUGUAUUCCGUGUCAGUUAGAACCAUAGACACGAUAAUAUUAUAUGAAAAUUUCUUUCUACA